AAAGAAUAUUUGUUAUUAUAUGCGGAAAGAAUUGGUAUUAGAGAUAACGUGAAACUCAGACACGAGUUAAUCGGUUGCCAACAAAACACUGAUUACGACUCGACGGGCCGAUGGAGGCUAACGGUGCGCGACAUCGACAACGACCGGGUGUUUAACGACGUGGUCUGCGGUGUAAUGCUGUGCACCGGAAACUACAACAACCCAUCGAUGCCUACAUUUCAAAAUCAACACCUAUUUAAGGGCCGAGUAUUGCAUUCGCAUGCGUUUAAAAAUAGCACCGGCUUUGAGGGCCAGCGGGUGGUUGUGGUGGGCGUCGGGAAUUCCGGGGCCGAUAUCGGGGUUGAGUUGUCUAAUGUGUGUAAAAAUAUUAAUUUUAAAUCUAUUCCCACAGUUAUACUGCAGAUUGUUUAUACGGUUUAUAUGUGCGCGCGAGAGGGCAGUUGGGUGAUCGGUCGUGUGGGCCCCGGGGGUCGACCAUUUGACUCGUUUCUAUUACGGCGAUCGCUGUAUACGCUUUACAAUGUAAUGCCGUAUAGGAUGUCGUGUUGGGCACUGGAAAAAUACCUAAACCUACGCUUCAAUCACCAGUUAUACGCACUUAAGCCCAAACACCGGGUGCUCUCACAACACAUUGUGGUUAACGACGAGUUGGGCAAAAAGAUUAUCGCCGGUCAGUGUAUAGUAAAGCCUAACAUACAGGAGUUUACGGAAAACGGGGUUAUAUUUAUCGGCGACACACAUGAAACUUUAUGCGAUACCGUAGUGAUGGCCACCGGAUACAAACUCUGGUACCCAUUCCUACCGUCAGCCCUACAGUCCCUGUGCGACAGUAAAGCCCACUUUCAACUAUACAAACACAUGUAUUACCCGCACAGUAAACACCCGCAAACACUAGCCUUUAUCGGCGCAAUCGUACCCCUCGGAGCGCUGUUACCGGUGGCCGAACUCCAGUGCCGGUACGCGAGCCUAGUGUUGGCCGAACGGCUAUCCCUGCCCUCUGCCGCCAAAAUGGUGACCGAUAUUAGCCGUCAAACAGUUCGGGUCGGUCGCCGGUUUCCCGACGCGGAAAAGUUUGCUCUUCACGUACACUAUGUUGAGUAUAUGGAAGAGAUGGCCCGUCUAGUGGGUGCUAAACCCCGCUUAUGGAAGUACGUGUGCACCGAUCCUAAACUCUGGUGGAGCCUGUAUUUCGGUCCCUGUGUUCCCUAUCAGUAUCGACUGAAUGGGCCCAAUUUGUGGCCAAAUGCCAGGGAAACGAUUCUAACGGUUAAUAAACGGAUUGAAACCCCUUUCCGGACACGUUAUGGACCGAAAUAAAAGCUCU